AUACGAAGAGCCAAAAAGCCCCACCCCCAUACUUUUGUGUCAUUUCCACCCAACUCCGCCUCUCACUCUCUCUCUCUUUCUCUCUCUCAAUUUCACAUCUUCUUCCUAAAAAAGCUGCAUAGGAAGAGGAAGAGGAAGAAGAAGAAGAAGGUAGAGACCUCAGAAUGCAGACCAGUAGCGCCGCUGCGAGUUCGUUAACCUCGCUCUCUCCCAGCUUCAACGCCUACUCUUCCUCCGACCGCCUUGCUCAGAUCGCCGCGCGCGUCGUCAGCGAGUUUCGUCAAGAACUCGAUGAGGCAGGUUUGGAAGACAUUGAUGAUCUGUAUGAUAGCAAUAACGACGCGCAAUUCUCACCGCCGCGGUUGGAAGCGCAACAAGAGGCUGAAAACGACGACGUAAAGGAGGCGGCGGAUGAGGAGGAGGAGGAGGAGGAGGAGUUUGAGUUCGCUUUUGUGUGCAGAGAGGGAGAGGCGCCGACGUCGCCGAUUGCGGCGGAGGAGGUUUUUUAUAACGGUCAGAUCAGGCCGGUAUACCCGGUCUUCGACCAGAGCUUGCUUCUCCAAAACGACGACGACCUUGAAUCAUCCGACUCUACUCAUGCCGUGAAUAAAGAUUCCGAGAGGCCGUCGACGGUUACGAAGCCGCGUCGUCAGCCGCUGAGAAUGCUCAUGAUCGAGGAGGAGCGCGAGGCCGCGUCGUGCUCGUCUUCCGAGGCCGACGACCUGGAGAACCUGCCACCUGGCACUUACUGCGUGUGGGCCCCGCCCAAGGCUUCCGGAAAAGGUGGAGGAAGAAGCGGCGGGGGCUGCGAUAAGAGCAGCUCGACCGGGUCGUCGAAGCGGUGGAAGUUUCGGGACCUUCUUUCUCGGAGCAGUAGCGACGGCGCCAAGGACACUCUCGUCUUUUUUGCUCCGACGACCAAGACCGCAGAGAAGGAGGGCAGUAACGUCGUAGUCGCGCGGAAAGGGAAGAGCAGCAAAGCCGUGGCUGAUGGGGAUAAACGGCGGUCGUUUCUGCCAUACAGGCAGGACCUGGUGGGGUUUUUCUCUAAUGUGAAUGGGCUUAGUAGGAAUUUGCAUCCAUUCUGAAAAAAUAAAUAAAAAAUGUAUGACUAUUUUUCAGCUC